AUCUUCAUCACUCUACAGCUGUUAACAAUAACUGAGAACUCAAAACAGACAUUGACAAGGCAAGCAGUUUCAAAAUAUCAGAAAAUAACUUUGAAUAGCUUUUCAAAACUAUAAUGUACAAUAGUCAAUGACGAGAGACAUUACGUUUUUCUAAAUCUUUUUUAUCAAGUUACUUUCAAACAAAAAUAUGCUCAAGGCUGCAUUCAGAAACUAAAAAAAAAAAAAAACAGGGAUUCACAUUUAAGUAUUAAGUUUGUUCGUUGUUGUCAUAGUUUCAGUAUGGGGAUGAGUGACUUGUUCGAGAUUGCCGGUGGUGAGUUGGCUCAGAUUCUGCGGACUCUGCCGGAGCACUUCGCAGCUGGUGGCUCUCUCGUUUUGGACUGCAGGCCGUUCCUUGCGUAUUCUCGAUCACACAUCUGUGGCUCCCGAAAUGUGAACUGGAACUCCAUGAUUCGCCGUCGGUCGAAAACCUCGGUGGUUAGUUUGGAGUGGCUGGUGCCGGACAAGACACUUCUGGGUCGUCUGCGCAGCGGCGAGUUCUCGCCGGUAAUUGUGCUAGAUGAGGACAGUCGCUCUGUUGCUGACCUGAAAAGCGAGAGUCUUGCCAGCAUGCUGCUUACUGCCCUACAUGCCGAAGUUGAGCCGGGAACCACGCAGAUCUGCUUCUUACAAGGUGGAUUCGACGGCUUCUUCGCUUUGUAUCCAGAUCUGUGCGUCAACGCCCCGCCAGUGAAUGGAAAUCAAAGCGCCUUCCGGGACUCUGAACCGGGCAUGUCAGGGAGAAAUACUCCCCUCUAUGAUCAGGGCGGUCCGGUAGAAAUCCUACCCUUCCUGUUUCUGGGCAGCGCUCAUCACUCGUCCAGGCGGGAGACUCUCGCAAAUUGCGGCAUCACCGCUGUGCUCAACGUGUCUUCGUCCUGUCCCAACCUUUUUGAGGACGAGUUUAACUACAAGACCCUACGUGUGGAAGACAGCCUCGCGACAGACCUCCGCGCACGAUUCCCCGAGGCAAUCGACUUUAUUGACUCAGUGAAGGGGUGCGGUGGGCGUGUACUGGUGCAUUGCCAGGCUGGCAUCUCGCGCUCUGCCACGAUCUGCCUGGCAUACCUGAUCCACUCGCGCCGCGUGCGCCUGGACGAGGCCUUCGACUUUGUGAAGCAGCGACGCCGUGUCAUUUCGCCAAAUCUGGCCUUCAUGGGCCAACUGCUGCAGUUUGAGACCGACGUGCUGUGUCACUGAAGCUGCGUUUCCAAACAAUCCGCACGGAGUAGAACGAGUUUCACUAGUUCACACGAAACACAAUAAGGGUCGAGAAACUUCCAAACCGAGAAAUUGGAAUAUUUAGCCUGAAAAGCAAACGUGGAGACGCUGUACGCCACGAUUGUGCAUUGCAAACUCCAGGACCAUUUUAUUUUUAUUCCUGGCUCAACGCUGCCACAGUUGACACUAACUAUGUGAGCAAAUUAUGGAGCACCGUUUAGUACGUCAUUUGUACGGCACGUUACCGGUGUGACCCAGAUGAAAGCGUGAAUGACUGUCUGAAACCAUUUCUGAUUAAUUCACACUCCUUUAUAAACCAUUGCUAUUUGCCUUUGGGAUGGUUUCACAAACCAGUGUAGGUUAUGAUCAGUAUCAUGCAGAGCCAUAUCUUAUGCAAUGGCUUAGAACUGAAAGCUCCUCUUAUGCCUCUUAGGUAUUAGUUAUAUUUUGCACUAGUGAUGGGAAAAAGGCCUAUCCCAAUUUUUUGUUUGUUUGUUUGUAGAUUUUUUUAAACUGUUUUAAACAUAUAAAUAUAUAUUGUUUAAUGACUGUGAAUAUGUUGAAAUUGUAUUCAGCACUGCACUUUUCUAUUUUGAAAUGUAAAAAGUUAAUUGAUUUGUAUUACUUUCAUACAGAUUAAAUUAUUUCUAAUUUAUGGAAACACGUAUGUCUAUUUGUUUUCAGUUUCUACUUUGAUAAUAAUCUCUCUGGAAAAGAUUCUUUAAUUCUUUUAAGGAUUAAACAAUCAACCAAAAGACCAAUUCUCAAACAUUUUUCUUACUUUGAUUAAGGGAGUACUUUCCCAUUUUUUGAUAACGUACAAGGGUAAACUAAUGAAAAAAUGUAAUUAGAUUUAUGUUUGCAUUACAUUACACUAAGAAGGGAAAAGAAUGCUCGUUUUUUAAUUUAAUGUUUUUUUUUUGGAUGGUAUAUCAUAUGACCUUCAUUUCAAAAUUAAAACAUUUGCUUCUUCUGUCGUA